GCCAAAUUGAGCUUCAGUCUGAUACGUAUGCUAAAGCUCCCGCGGGUGGAUCUCGCAGUUGGCAGCGCUGCGGUUCCAGUUUUCUUAGUACGGGACCCCGCAUGUGGCCAUGCGUCCAUCGGCGCGAAGACGCCGCGCCCGUCGCCGUUGGACCCUCAUAGAUACAUCCAUGGCGUGCGUGGUAUGGCAAGCCCGGUUUGCUCGUUCCUGCUGCCAACAUCGCAACGGGCCACUGCCUGUUGCAGAGCAAGGCGCGGGCGUGGAUGGGCUUUUGAUAAAAAUAAAAACAAAAAAGGGAACGGCGAAGCUAACAAAGCAACCCACGGCUUCGGUACUUUUCUCAUUGGCUGGUUCCUGACGCAACGUGUCGAUCUCUUAGGUGGGAGACAGCGGCAGAAGGAGUAUGUGGUCGAGACCCCAGCGCUCACAAUUCGCAAGCGACAAGGAUAAUGACGAGAUCCCAUGGCGCCGUGGGAUGACCACGCCCUAUAAAUAUCGGUUCACCGGCUCCAUCGCCGGCACACCUCCAAGCACCCCGUUUUGCUCGUGGCAGAAUUACGAUUGGUUCGGGCGUGUUACUGCAGUAUCCUUCGUCCAUCUUUUUUGGUGCGAUCCUUUGAAAGUCGCAUUGUCGCGUGGGGGUCAACAAUAUUGUACGGUCCGCUUUGUUCGUCAAGCCUGAACACACCGGAGCGUUGAUAGUGGGCAUCCCACGAAUCCAGACGAGGUUCAAAACUCGCCGCGUCGAGAUCACCUCCGCGGAGCAAAAAUCCUCUCUGUGAGAGCUGGUGCAGUGCCCUGUACUUGGUGCUGAGUUCGUAGAAACUCCUGGCGCUGAAAAGUCAGCGAGCGAAACCCGUCGAAGACGCCAGAUGCCUGCCGCCCAGAGCCGAGGCCAAUCAAUCAACUCGGCAGCUCUCAUGUCGUUCUCCACAUCCAUUUGUGACAAUCCUUCAACGUCGGUGAAAACGCAGCGCCAACACCACCCAUAACCGGCAGACAUAUAAAACAAAGAGACAAAGGACAAUCGGGUCUCUCCACCAUCCGAACGUACCUACAGAAUCACAGAACGGCUAGGACCGGGUCAUGCAAAGAGCCCCCCUCCGCCUGCUCGGCCGAGCAGUUGCAACAGCGUCCACAAGACAGGCAUACCUGCCAGGGGUUCGGGCCGCCACCUCCUCCCCUAUCAGCAACGCCCAUCCCACCCUCCACGGCACACCUAACCGGCGGCUGCACACCACCUCAUCCGACCCCGCAAGCACGCCACCGCCAGCGACAGGGCAGCAGGGAGACAGCAACAUGGCAUCCGAGGACACCACCACCACCACCACCACCGCCGCCGCCGCCAAGCUGCCUGCCCUCCCGGAACCCGGCAGCGGCGACGACGCCCCCACGCACCAGCUGGACCUGAGCAGCGGACAGGGCAGCGUGACGCUGGACCACCUGGGCCCCAUGGUGGUGAACCGUGACGGCACCAUGUCCCGCAUCGCCAACUGGGCCGAGAUGAGUGACAUCGAGCGCCAGAACACUUUGCGCAUCCUUGGCAAGCGCAACCAGCUCAGACUCGGCGACUUGCGCGCCGCAAAGGCCAGAGAGGAGGAGGAGGCCGGAGCCGGGGCGGCGGCGGGAGCGGAAGGGAAGGCGAAGAAUUCUUAGCAGCGAUGCCCCAAGCAAAAAAAAAAAAAAAAACCAUGCACUCCUUUGGCGGAGGAAAGAGUCCUUCCCAUGUAUGUUCAUGAAUACCAACUUCGUAGGCAAAGCCGAAAUAGUAAAUCGAGCCCUCUUUUUGACGAGGUUGAGAACCAACCCCAAGAGUGAUGCGUUUAUCAUCGGACAGGACGUCUCAGUAGAGUCGUUCUCGUAGCGUUUGACUUGGAAUAGUAACAGCCCAAGAUACCACAUCAGAGUAUCCAGGCAAUACACGUCGUUUGUGCAAUAUUGAGGGUAUAUAUAUACAAAAGAAAUAACAAUAACCCGCCAACAUCGCCGCCCUAGCAUCAGUAACACCCACCCAUCACCAUCCCAAAGUGUAAGCACCUACACAACCCGUAUUUUCCUAGGUGAUGAGAAAAAACACACCUUUGCCCUUUGCUCCGCAAUGCCGAACGCUCAUAUCCACCACAACCCAGGCUGUCAUGCAGCACCACAUAUCGACGUUAGGCCAUGACGGUACACCUUUGCACAUCUGCCGUGCUUCAGUAAGCAGAGAGCAACAGGGCACAGACACAUCCUAUGCCCAGGAACGAUGAAUCAUACUAUGAAAAACAAUGGAAAAUAACCGGCCUCCGACCCGAGUGCCCUGCCUCUGCUCUCGAGGGUGCAGAACGCCUGAUAUAUCUCUUGAACCAAAAAAAAAAAAAUGCAGAUGAUAGUCCAAAAUAACCGAGCCUAAGCAUGCAUGCUGGAGACGACAGAAAAUAGAAAACAUUAGACCAAGAAAACGUAAACGGUUUGAAGAAAUAGUCUAUCAAGACAGCCGUCGUCAGCCCGUCAUCUCGCCGCCCUCGUGCUCCUCUGGAGAGGCGGGCACGGGCUUCUUGGCAGCAGCCUUGCCCCCGUCGCCUUUGAGGCCGGCCUUGUGCUUGGCGCU